AUGCCCCAAGAGAUACUUGUCCAGCCUUCUGAAGUGGCCAUGUGCAGUUCCCUCAGUGACAACACUGAUCAGAUGCUCCAAGAGAUACUUGUCCAGCCUUCUGAAGUGGCCAUGUGCAGUUCCCUCAGUGACAACACUGAUCAGAUGCUCCAAGAGAUACUUGUCCAGCCUUCUGAAGUGGCCAUGUGCAGUUCCCUCAGUGACAACACUGAUCAGAUGCUCCAAGAGAUACUUGUCCAGCCUUCUGAAGUGGCCAUGUGCAGUUCCCUCAGUGACAACACUGAUCAGAUACCCAAAGAGAUACUUGACCAGCUUUCUGAAAUGGCCAUGUGCAGUUUACUCAGUGACAACAUUGACCAGUCUAAAGAGCGCAUGAAAAUGCUUAAUAAGCUACGCAACAAGGGAAACUACAACCACAACACAGAGGUUUUAUCAAGUGGAGAUGGACUGCUAAAACCUAGACGCACAUCUAAGAAAAAAUAUAAUCCUAAAGACUAUGUGCACUGCAUGUACUGCCAGGCCCUAUACCUCCGAAGAGAUCUGUGGCGACAUGUUCGAAAAUGUUCUUCAAAACCAGUUGAAACCAAUUCAGAGAUUGGAAGAACUAAGAUCUUGUCUUUGGCCACUAUGGUUGACUCAGCCUUGUGUCAACAGGUGUCACCAGGUGUUUGGAAGCUGUUAACUGCGAUGAAAAAUGAUGAGAUAACUGCUACAGUGCGCAGUGACUUCUAUAUUCUUCAGCUGGCUCAAUCAUUUUUUAACAAACAUGGACAAAAGCCCACCAAAUAUGAGUACAUUCGACAGAAACUCAGAGAAAUUGGAAGACUUCUGUUGACGCUUCGGAAGGACUUCUCAAUAUAUACUCUUGAGGAUGCUGUAAGACCUGCAAAUUUUCAAAUGGUUAUUCAAGCUGUCAAGAAAGUGUCUGGGUUUGAUGAAGAAAAGCACUGCUACCAAACUCCAAGCCUUGCACUGAAGUUGGGUCACUCGUUGCAGAAGAUAAGUGACAUUAUACACUGCAGAGCUCUAAUGGCAGAAGACUCUGAGCUGGUAAAGUCCACUCAGACUUUCAAAACCCUGUAUUCUACAAAGUGGGCUGAAUUUGUUUCACACACAGCUUUAACUACCUUGAAUGAGAGACACUUUAACAAGCCUUGCACACUGUCUUUCACAGAAGAUGUGCAACAUCUCGAAAAAACUGCAGAAGAAGCAUUUAAAAACUUGGAUAAAACGUCAUCACCACAAUCAUAUGGUGAACUGUGCAAAGCAACUAUGGCAAACAUCAUACUAUUCAACCGGCGUCGUGGAGGAGAAGUUUCCAAAAUGAAACUAAAAGGCUUUCUUGAGAGGGACACCACUGCCUUACAUGAAGAUGUGGCUGUUGGACUCACAAAAUUUGAACUCAAACUUUGUAACCACUUUAGUCGAGUGGAAAUAAGGGGUAAAAGAGGACGAAAGGUUGCUGUUCUGCUAUCACCAGACAUGGUUAAUGCUCUAACACACCUAAUAAAUAAAAGAAAAGACUGUGGCGUUCCAGAGGAUAACCCAUUUCUCUUUGGAGGACCGCAGUGUCUUACUCCGUACAGAGGACCGGACUGUCUAAGACUUUAUGCAAGUGAAUGUGGGGCAAAGAACCCUCAACUCCUCAGGUCAACACAGUUGCGCAAACACGUCGCAACUUUAUCCCAGGUCCUUAAUCUCCGAAAUAACGAGUUGGACCAAGUGGCAGACUUCCUUGGCCAUGAUAUUCAGGUCCACAGGGAGUUUUACCGACUACCAGAGGCUACAACACAGUUGGCCAAAAUAUCAAAACUGCUGCUGGCUAUGGAGAAAGGGUCUUUGGGAAAUCUGCAAGGGAAAACACUUGAGGAAAUUGAAAUCGAAGAUAACCUAGUGUUGACUGAUGUUGAGCAAAGUGAGGAGAGUGAUGGUGAGGUCGAGGAAGAAAAUCUGCCCACAGAUUCACAGAUUGCCAGUGAUUCUGCAGGGAUGAGCAUCAUUAGGCAACCUGUUGAGAAACCUCCAUGCACAUCUUUAUCAUCAGAAGACAAGGAAAGACCUAGGCCACAUGUUGAACCUCCAGGGAUGUCCUUACUGCCACAAGUUAUCGAUGCCAACCAAACAGACACAUCUCAAGCAGUAAUUAAAAAUGCAAAUGGAAAGGCCAAAGAUCCCAGAAGAAAAGCAAAAGUGAUGAAACAAUCAAUUUCUUUGGAAAAUGCAAGAAGGGUUCAGAAACGACAGUGGUCUCCCAAGGAGGUUGAAGCUAUUAUGAAACAUUUUGAAGAACAUAUCAGAAAAGGAAAACUGGCCACUAUGAUUGAAUGCGAACAGUGCAAGACAGCAGAACAUACCACACUGACUGAUCGCUCUGUUCAAAAUAUCAGAGACUUUGUCAGGAAUCAGGGUAUAACUCUGAAAAGAAAGGGAUUAGUCGACUAA